CCUUUUUCGUAUGCCCUCCAAAAUAGUGCCCUUUGUGGCUCUGCUUUAUCUUCACGCCCAUUCAUUCAUUCGCGCGGUGCAUGGCUCUUGUCGUUCUCAUUCAGCAGACCCGUUCAUGCAUACGUCGCCACGGCUACUUGCGUCUCUAUCUGGUGAGUUUCGCAGCGUCCGCGACCAUGGUACACGGUGCAGCAAUGAAAUAUCUGCUAUGCGAGAGCGCCAUAGAUUGGCAGGUAUGUAUCCGUCCAUUUAAGCACACUUACUCGACUUGUAACUUCUAACCAUGCAGGUCGUACGCAAUGGCGUAUUCAGCAGCGCGUACGAAGGUACGCAGAUGCUGUUUAAGUAUACUUGAGUUCACUUCAACAGUCGCGAGCAUUUGAAUGUCACCUUUCAGCUUUUGCGUGUUAUCACUCACUUUGGCGUUUUUCACAUUGUGCAGGGAUCGCCAUUUUGCUUCCAAAUGCUUCGUACGUUUAAGUAAAUUACAGAUAACGCUAAUGCCUCAAGAAUAGGGAUUAUUUGCUUCGCAUAAAUUUGUUCACACGCCUUAGAAUGUUACGUGCUAGAAUGGCUUGUAGUAUGAUGUAUUGUGUUUAUAUAAAUUAUUUCAUGAACUAUGUGCUUCGGGGCACCUGUACACGACGACAGCAUAGAGGUUUUCGAGGUUGGAUUUUUGGGAUGGGGCCGCGGGAAUUAGCUCUUGAGGGAUACUAGUGGCAGGCCUGGUGGAGGCCCACUCAGCCAGUCACAUGGGGAUGCAGCUACUACCGCAAAGGGAAGCGUGCGAAGGGACGAUUUUUUAGGCGCCUCAUGUUUAGCGUUUGAGGGAUGGUGGCAUGGCAGGCCUGGUGGAAGUCAACAAAAGCCACGGCGUCAACCGGAAGCGUUUUUGGGGUGCGGCUGUUGAACGCCCUGAUUGCAGGACGACGAUUGUGCACCACGGAUGGACCAGGACUGCUGCCAGCAGUGGGCGUUCCCGGACGGACGACGCAACGCGCAACGCAACGAGCCUCGGCGACGUGCAAGUCGACUCAAGAUGACGUUUGGUCGACUAAAAACGACUCUUAAGUCGACUCGAAAGGCACUUACUCUCCGACUCCUGGACGUAGGGAAGCGCCUCGGCGACGCGCUCAUGGGAACGAUGAAGCAGGGCGACGGCGACGAAGGGGAGGAGGAGGUGGAGAAGUCCAGAGGACGGCGAGGACGAGAGUCCGACUCGCAGCCUGAGGGACGAGAGUCGAGCCAUGAUGAUGUUACAGUGCAGUGGAGCAACGAGAGUCGUUUUUUGUAAUGGAGGUGUUACAGUUGCGAGCGCAUAGGUCUGAUGCUUAGCAGAUCUUGUUAACGAGCAGCGUUGACGGGUUUAGUUGAAACUAAAACCUGCAAAUGUGAGAGAGUCAGCAGCCGGCGAGGCGACGAAAAUAGCCGAGCGGAGCGGCGGAUGAAAGGGAAGGCGGUUAGUCGAAUGAAAAUCUCUUUCUUCCGCGGCGCGAUACCUUGCGUCCAGCAGGGCCGCUCGUGAUUCGUGAAUCUCGCGUCUGGCUGGCAGAGAAGCCUGCUGAAUGCAACAGUACAUUCUCUGUAGCAUUCUUGCGCUGAGCAACAUUCUGCGCACGAGCAAGUCAAUGGAGGUCGUUGUGCUAAAAGCGUUUGACCACCGUCAAUUUCGAUCUAAAUCCAUGGUUCGUAUAGGAGGCGCACGUGGUGUCAGCCACAGCGUGUAGGUGCACGUGGUGUCAGCACACAGCCAUGGCAUGGAAGCUCGGAAUCCAACAGGACAUCCCUGAUGCGUUGGGCAGCCACACCUAGGUCAACGCUCGCCAGACCUCGUCGUGGCAUGGCAGGUCGAGCGCAUUGCUGGCAUUUCGUGAGGGCGUAUUUACGCGCAUUUAGACAGCGAGAAAGUAACCUUGUUUGUGACGUUUGUU